AUGAGACUGAAGCCUGUGUGCACAGGGCCUUUCCCCCAGCCUUGCAUCACAAUCGGCCGGGGUUGUGCGCGAGUUGGUGGCCGAGGCUCCCUAGACCAGAGGCUCAGCUGGGGGUGCGGGGUGUGUGUGUGUGGGGGGGCGCGCGCCGGUUCCAACGACCCUGCGAGUCGGUGGAGCGGAGCAGAACGAAGGGUGAGGCGGCAGCAGCCCGGGCCACCCAGCCCCAUGGUCCCCGCCGCCUGCACGCUGCUCUGGGCCCUGCUGCUGAGUCUGGGGUCCGCGGCGGCGGCGGCGGGGCACCAAGGUCAGACGCGAGCCCCGGCAGGGACGCGGGGCGUCAGCCUGAGCUUCGGGAGCCCAGCCCGCAGCCGCAGCAGCAGCAGCAGCAUGUCGCGCUCGGCCCGGACCCGCUUUCCCCGCAGGACCAGGGUGACCGAGGAGGACGAGAGCGACGCCCACGUCACCGCUGACCGCCUGGCUGGCCCAGCCGCUGAGGAGCUGCUGGCCACGGUGACCGGGAUCAGCUCGCCAGCCACGCCCGGCACGGACGAGGAUGAGGACGGUUCUCUGGAAGAGGGGGUGGCGAUCUACGCCAGAAAGAGCCGCACCCCAGGGGCCGGCUCCCAUAAGACCUCCAGCAGAGCGGUCAGUGCCAGUGCCAGCACCACCGGGAAGUUUGCAGCCAACACCCAGGAGCGAGAGAUCAGGCUGUCCACCAGCCUGCCGCCGGCCACCACGAGAUUCACCAGCCAGGAGGGCGACGUGCUGAGCUCCGAGAGCCUGAGCAAGUGGUCCACGGCUGGCUCCAAGCCCAGCGGCUGGCCACGCCUCUCUCCCACGUCCAUGCCGCCCCCUGAGGAUCUGCGGCUGGUGCUAAUGCCCUGGGGCCCGUGGCACUGCCACUGCAAGGCAGGUACCAUGAGCCGGAGCAGGUCUGGGAAGCUGCACGGCCUUUCUGGGCGUCUUCGAGUUGGGGCGCUAAGCCAGCUCCGGACAGAGCACCGGCCUUGCACUUAUGAGCACUGUGCCUGCAACCGGCUCCGGGAAGAAUGUCCCCUGGACUCGAGUCCCUGCCAUGAUUCGAGCUGCAGAUCUCGGGCCGCCACCACCACCAUCACCACCACCACCACCACUUCUCCCAUGCCCCCAAUCCACGAGAGGCGCAGGCCCAGCCCCCUCCCACCCAGCGCCUACCCCAGCCCCAGUGCAGCUCUGGCUUUUUGGAAACGGGUGAGGACCGGUCUGGAGGAUAUUUGGAACAGCCUGUCUUCAGUGUUCACAGAAAUGCAACCAACAGAUAUAAACCAGAGGUAACGGCCACUUCAUCCACAAGAGGCGAUGUCAGCAUCUCAAGCUUUUCUCUUUCAAUCCUAGCACCCACUAGUUAUUUUUAGUACAGAAAAAUAAAACUGAAAAAAAAAA